AUGACGAACUCACGGAUUCAAGCAGACCUCUUCGAUCUCAACGGCAAACCCAUCACUCCCGCCGCUACCCUCGUCCUCCGCCGUACUGCUUCAGGUAAACUCCGUCCUGCUGAGUCGGCCCCGAACUCACUCCGACGUAUCGGAGCGAUAACUAACGGCACGCCAAUACCUUCAGCUUCCAAGUUCUACCACCGAGGUGGCGAGAAGACAGAAGUGGAUGAUUCAUCUGAGUAUCUUUGCCCCCGCUCUGAGCACAGUGCUGAUUCUCUCAAAUCUACAGCGGCUCGAGAAUGCUCCAUCGGAGAGACGUCUUCUUCCGCAUGGGGAAAACAUGGCCAAAGGAAGCUAGACACCCAGCAGCAGCGCGAUUCACUGUACACUACGGACUAUGUAGGUCUAACAGCGACGGGCUUGAAGAUCAAGCCGGGUCCAGCACGCAAAGUAGAAAUUGCUGCGCCUGUGAAGACGCCAAAGGCGCAGAAGGCAAUGGUGCUGGAGGGGAGGCCUAACAGGUCUCUGGCACUGCAUGAUCAAGGUGCAGAACAGAGGGAGAUGAAGGUGGAUUGCGAUAUGUGCUGUGGGAAAGGGGCUCUCAGGAAACAGGUAGAUCAGAUGCUAUUAACUAGAUCGAAUUCCACUACAGUUAUCAUCGACAUAUCAGAACCAAAAACAUCCGAACAACACAACACAUCACGGUCAUCACCGGGGUCUGCAACUUCGGACGUCCUCCCCUGCGGCUGCCUACGCUCGACGCUCUUCCAAGCGUUGUCAUCUGUACCCAUUACGGAACUGCCCGCCUACCCAAGCACAACCGCUUCCUUUUCCUCCACCGCACCCGGACGCAUCACCCCCGUCUCGUCCUCCUCCGGACCGCCGUCCACACCUACCUCCCUCCACCGCAGCUCGACCUCCUUCACCGACUUCUCCUCCGUCUUCUCACCCCCUGACACCGCCUUCUCCCCCGUCUCCACGGGCGAAGACGAGACACCCACGUACCACUGGCAAUACUACAUCCCGCACAUCAGCACCAGUACUUCGGACUAUUAUACGGAUUGCUCUUGGAUUGCUUUUGAUGUUGUGCGGCCCCAAACCGGGACUUCAGGUUGCUUUCUAAAAGGGGAAACGGAAGCAGAAGCGGAACAGUCGCCCGAGGAGAGAAUCCAGAUGGCGCAGGGGAUGCUGAGUCCGAUUCCGCGGACGCCGGAGGAGGUUGAGUUGCCGGAGAUUGGGGAUGAUGAGUUUGAGUAUUAUCCUAGUCCUAUUGAGGGCGCGGGGCAGAGGUAUCCGUUUGUUAACUUUGUGGGCACGGAGGAGAAUGGUGAGGGGAGGUAUGGAAGGAAGGAAAUUCUCAGCAUUGAGAAGGGACGAGACGAGACGGAUGCAAGGGAACAUGGUUUUAGCGAUGGCACAGAGGACCCGCAGAUAUGUGUUCUUAAACGAGGAAGAGGAGAGACUACCGAGUCGAGGAAGAGAAAGGUUUGGGACCAUUCAAGCCUGGAAAGAAAGGGACGAUUAGUGGAUUGGCUGGGAAGAUUGACAUUACGUGCUAGGAAGGGGCACGAGAAGAUUCGCCUCUAG